AUGCGUGCAUCGAUCUUGUAUCAUUGUUCAUACGAACCGUUUAUAAAAUUUCAUCGUUUUUCUUCCUGGAACCGAUUACUGCGUGCAGCAGCAUAUGCUCUUCGAUUUGUACAUAAUGUGUACAAAAACCGAACGAAACUUUCUGGACAACUGCAGCAGUUUGAACUACAAGCAGCCGAAAAGGUGAUAUUCAAACUCGCUCAGCGUGAGUUCUACCCAGACGAAGUAGCAGCAUUAUCCAACAAAUCGCCAAAUGAAACUGGACAAGAAGCAAUCGGUAAACACAGCCACAUCUACCCACUGAUGCCGAUUUUGGAUAACGACGGUUUGUUGCGUGAAAAGGGACGAAUUGGAUCGACUGAUGUACCAUAUACUGUGCGUCAUCCCGUGAUCUUGCCGAGAAAACAUCGAGUUACGGAACUCCUGAUUCACAAAUACCAUUGCUAUUAUCAGCAUGGCAACAACGAAACGGUUGUCAACGAGAUGCGCCAGCUCUACAGUAUUCCGAGACUUCGCGUAGUGGUGAAGAAAAUUAGCCGCGAUUGCCAGCACUGUAAAAUUCGCCGAGCCCGACCUAGAGUUCCACCGAUGGCACCAUUGCCACCAGCGCGUUUAGCACACAACGAGCGCGCAUUCACCUACACAGGAGUGGACUACUUCGGGCCGCUGCAGGUGAAACUGGGGAGAUCGAAAGUCAAACGGUGGGUAGCAUUAUUCACCUGCCUGACGGUACGAGCUGUUCACCUCGAAAUCGCCUACACUCUGUCUACUGAAUCCUGCAUAUCCUGUAUCCGUAGAUUCGUUAGUCGCAGAGGCCCGCCAGUGGAGUUUUUUAGCGAUAAUGCAACGAAUUUCCAGGGGGCAGAUCGAGUACUUAAGCACCAGAUAAACCAGGGACUGAGCGCAACGUUCACAAACACGAACAACAAAUGGAUUUUCAUACCACCGGGAGCGCCUCAUAUGGGUGGAGCGUGGGAACGGUUGGUGCAAUCCGUUAAAGCGGCCAUGGCUGAAGCAUAUACCGAGGGAACACUCGAUGACGAGGGGUUGCAGACACUGGUCGUGGAGGCUGAAAGCAUAGUUAAUUCAAGGCCUCUGACGUAUUUACCGUUGGAAUCAGCGGAAUCGGAGGCUUUAACGCCGAACCAUUUUCUGCUGUUGAGCUCGAGCGGGCAGAGACAAUCUCACGAUAGACCUUGGGAACCAUUAGGCGAACUAACACGUCGACAAAUUCUGGGAAAGUCUUGGGACCUUAUUCAGCAGCAAUUGACAGUAUUUUGGGGACGUUGGUUGCUUGAAUAUCUUCCGGUGAUUCGACAACAGCCAAAAUGGUUCGACGAAACUAGGGCUCUGGAACGCGGAGACCUGGUGAUGGUCGCUGAACCGAUGAAACGCAAUGGAUGGGAACGAGGACGAAUCAUUCGAUUGAUCCAGGCACCGGACGGUCGAAUUAGACGAGCCGUCGUCAUGAUCGGCGGAAAGGGCGUGUUACGACCGGUAUCGCGGUUUGCAUUGCUCGACGUGCGAAAGAGUCGUGAAGAUCCGGAGAGCUCCGGACUACACCCGGGGGAGUCUGUUAGCGGAGAAACCGUCGAACUAGCCACCCAGGUUAAUAAUGAUCCCGAAGGGCGCUUGACAGCCGCCAAAGCGGUGCCUCAAAUGACAAAGAUCUGCGGCGGAAGUGUUUAA